CUCGGCUGUGGGAGUGAGUACAUGAGCGGGACACGGCAAACAUAGCCCAUAAUAGUUCAAUACCCUGUCUCCUUUUUAAGAGUGGAGCAGAGGGGGGGGCAUUUUGGUGUCUCAUACUUAGGGGAUAUUGUCACCGACGUGUGGACAGACAGGCUGACAGGAUGCAGAAAGCAGCAGUUGUGGUUGCCCUCCUGGUCCUGGGGUGGACCUGGAGCCUCGAGGGGCUCCCUGUACUCCCAGACCCUCUUUACCCCACACAGGAAAACUUUGAUUUGACCCGGUUUUUGGGAACUUGGCAUGAUGUUGCCAUAGCAACUACAUGUCCCUAUAUGCAGCGUCACAAAACAGACGCAGCCAUCGGAAAACUGGUACUGCAGAGAGGUGAUAAUGAAGGCAAACUCAAGAUGACUCGAACUUCACUGAGACGAGGAACAUGUAAGGAGAUGACUGGGGAUUAUGAGCUGACCACCACACCAGGACGAUUUUUCUACCAUGUUGCAAAGUGGGGGGCAGAUGUGGAUGCAUACGUGGUUCAUACAAACUACAAUGAGUACGCCAUAGUAAUAAUGAACAAACAAAAAUCCUCAGGCAAUAAGAGCACCUCAGUUAAGCUUUACAGUCGAACUAAGACUGUGAGAAACACUGUGCUGGAUGACUUUAAAGCACUGGUCAAAGGCCAGGGAAUGAGUGAAGACAAUAUUAUCAUUAAACAGAACAAAGGUGACUGUGUUCCCGGAGAGCAGGUGGCAGCACCUACAGCUCAACCUCAGCCUCAGCGUGUGAGGAGAAACGUGGUGCCUUCUUUGGCUCCUUCAGAUGUGGAGGGCUCUGGUGAUGAUACACCUCUGUUCAAUGGAACUGAGGCCUGUAAAGCAGCACCGGACACAGGACCGUGUUUCGGGCUGCACCAGCGUUACUACUACAACUCCUCCUCGAUGAACUGUAUGCUCUUCAAGUAUGGAGGGUGUUUGGGCAAUCAGAACAACUUUGAAAGUGAAAGGGAGUGUUUGCAGAGAUGCCGCACUGAGGCUGUGUGCCGUCUGCCUAUGACAGCUUACCCCUGCACCGGGCAGCCCCCUAUCUGGGCCUUUGACUCCACUGCAGGUCUGUGUGUGCCCUACAAACAGGGCUUCUGCCAGGCUAACGGCAACAAGUUCUACACCAAGGCAGAGUGUGAAGAGUACUGCGGGGUGAUGAAAGAUGAAGAGCUCCUCAAACCAAACUGAGUGAGAUAAAGACCCACUGCUGCUCAUUCAACAUAAACACAAACCAGCACAGUAAUGAAAUAUGAUUUUGUCUCAGCAGUAUUGUCAUAUCACAGCAGCUCACCAAUAAAAAAAAAA